AUGAGGGACAAGGACAAGGUGGGUUGUGCCUAUUACCUGGCCAGCGAGGAACGUCUUUGGUGUAUGGAAGAAGUCACUGGCGGAGGCAUCGAAGUGGUGGAAAAGUUGCAGGCUGACCUGCAACCAACCACAGUCAUCUUGUCCACACGCUCUGAUGCUGCAAUAAAUCUGUCUGAUCGUUGUGCGACGCGUCACGCCUCUUUGGUCGAGAAUGAUGACGACCACCAUCCGUUACCUUAUGAAUUGGAGAUCCGACCAUCAGCUGAAUUUGGCUAUGAAUCUGCCUUGAACAAACUUCUGGGCCUACAAUUCACCUUGGACCUUGAGAAGAAUGUCCAGCUACUCGUUCCGGGAGCCCCUGCUACCUAUGAUCAAGACUUGUUGCCACAGGACCUUGGUUUGUCCACACGACGCGGUCGAUACCUCCAAUUAUCGUCAUGUCUCAAUCUAGAUAACCGGAUCAGUGUUGGCUGUGCUGGAGCAAUUGCUGGUUACCUCCAAAGAAAGAGAGCCUCGGAGUUCUUGCCUGAAGAUCCCAACGCGAAUCUGGUUUGGCGAGUUACGAGAUUGGAAAUGUUCAGUCUCAAAGACACCAUGAUGGUCAAUAUCGAUACCUUGGUGUCUCUCCAGAUCCUCCAACCAGAAUCUCACCCCAACACCUUCAAUCAAGGUCCGGGCACAUCAGGUUCCAAAGAGUCUUUGUCCCUCUUUGGGCUCUUCCAGAACUAUGCACAUACACCACAAGGCAAGGCUCGCCUCCGCCAAAGCUUCUUGCGUCCAUCUCUUGAUACGGACAUCAUCCACUCCCGUCUUGAUUUUACCUCUGUUUUCGUCCGCCCUGAGAACCAACCCACGUGUCAGAAGCUCAGCAAAAGCCUGACUAAGGUCAAAAACAUGCGAACAACUUUUACUCAGCUGCACAAAGGCACUGAUGGUGGGAAGCCAAAGCAAAAUGCGUUCAAAAGUGGCGUCUGGUCAUCUUUGAUCGAGUUCUGCUACCACACAAUUGAUAUAUUAGAAACUCUGGGCGAAGUGGUUGGCGCCUCGAUGUUGCCGAUCUGCGUGCGUGUCAUUGACACUUUCGACCGACUUCGUCUCCAGAGAAUUGGCCGUCUGAUCUAUGAGACUGUCGAUCUCGAUUCUUCGGCCGACCAGUAUCGCACUGUGAUCAAGAGGGGCAUCAAUGGUCAACUCGACGAGGUCAAGGAUGUUUAUGAUGGAAUGGACGACAUUCUCUCUUGCAAAGCCGUCGAAAUUGCAAGGCUCUUGCCCCUUGGGAUGAAUAUUGCUCUCAAUGUCAUCUACUUCCCACACCUCGGAUUUCACUUGACGGUGCCACUUCACGAGGCCACAGGUCAAGCGGUAUACAAUGGUGCCGACCUGGGUUGGGAGUCUAUGUUCACCACCACAAACCAGGUCUACUUCAAGGACGUGGCCAUGCACGAGAUGGAUCGAGAUCUGGGUGAUCUUUAUGCUGUCAUAUGCGAUUACGAGAUUGAGAUAGCGUACGACCUGGCGCAAACCAUCUUGGCUGAGGAGAAGUUACUGAUCGCUGUAUCAGAUCUCUGUGGUGAGCUCGACUGUCUACUGGCUCUAGCACACGCGGCACAUCAAUACAGGUUGACACGACCGUGUAUUUCCGAGGAGAACUUGAUCGAUAUCAAGGGUGGUCGGCAUCUCUUGCAUGAAAUGAGUAUGUCAUGCUAUGUGACCAACGACACCUUCUUGGUAGGCGGGAGAGGCAGAGACGGGAUGGACGACCAGACGAGCACAAAUCAGACGCAGACAGGACCGAGCAUGGUGCUUCUGACAGGGCCGAAUUACUCUGGCAAAUCAGUCUAUCAGAAGCAGGUCGCCCUCAUUGUCUAUAUGGCCCACGUGGGCAGCUACGUACCAGCUGAAUCGGCAACCAUGGGCAUUACAGACAAGAUUCUCACGCGCCUCACCACCCGCGAAACCGUGUCCAAGGUCCAGUCAGCAUUCAUGAUGGAUAUCCAGCAGACUGCCAUUGCUCUGAACUCAUGCACAAAACGGAGUCUGGUGGUGAUUGAUGAAUUCGGUAGAGGCACCGAUACCUGUGAUGGCGCAGGCCUUGCAGCAGGUGUUUUCUGUCAUUUGGUAUCUCUUGGUCCGGACGCGCCCAAAACGUUGGCCGCCACCCACUUCCACGAGAUCUUUCACCUGGGCUUGUUCAACAAGUUCGACAAUGUUGCGUUUGCACACAUGGAAGUUCGAGUGAGCGAACAGCAUGAUGGAGGUACCGUUAGGGAGCAUGACAUUGAGGUGACAUAUCUCUACAAUCUUCGGGCUGGCAUGAGUGAUCUUUCCUAUGGUACACAAUGUGCAGCACUGAAUGGAGUGCCCGCCGAAGUGGUGGAGAGAGCAGAACAGUUGGCCAAGAUGUCGGCGAGAGGUGAAGAUCCGGUCAUGGCGUGUUCAGCCUUGUCCACAAGAGAUGCCCAGGAUUUACAGGAUGCCGAGUCAGCAGCGCGAAAGUUUCUGACUCUUGACUUUGACCACGAGAUGGGCGAGGUUGAGCUGAUGGCAACUCUGGAGUCAAUGCUUGGUCCUGCUGAGAAGGAAGAUGAAGGAUAUCAGGGGGCUCGUGAUGUCCAUUCUGCGGGGAGGUCCUGA